CGUAACAACGCUUGGACUCUUAAAGGUCUAUUCCUGGCCUUCAUACUCGUUGACUCUCUCCUCGACUUAAUAUGAAAAUUAAAGAGUUAAAUCGAACUUCUCAUGUAGCGUGGAGCGCUCCAGAGGUUGAUACUGUACUUUUAGCUGCAGGAACAAGUGCCCAACAGGUGGAUUUAUCUUUUAAUACCAAAGCUGAAUUGGAAAUUUUUGAUCCUAACACCAGAGAUAACGAGCCACUAGGAAAAGUUGAAACGUCCGAAAGGUUUCAUUGCUUAGCGUGGGGAUCUUUUGGUGUUAGUAACGGCAAUAGCACCAAGGGAAUAAUAGCUGGCGGGCUUGACAAUGGCGCCAUUUGCUUGUGGGAUCCAAACCGUAUAAUAAACGGUGACUCUGCUUUAAUAUUCGAAAGCAAAAAGCAUGUGGGCCCUGUACGCUCCGUUCAGUUCAAUCCUUUUCAAGCACACGGCCUGGCCUCUGGUGGAAGGAACUGCGACAUAUUCGUAUGGAACGUGGAAAAGGGGGAGCCUAGGCAACUCCUACCCAAACCAACACAAGCCGAGGUCAACAGCAUCGCGUGGAACAAGCAUUGCUCGUAUAUUCUGGGAAGUUGUGGGGGCGACGGCGUCACAUAUAUAUGGGACCUGCGCGCUUCCAAGACUAUUUUUAGACUGAACGAGGCUAGCAACGAGCGCUACCGGGCGUCUUGUAUGGAGUGGAACCCAGAGUCCUAUAUGAAGCUUGUAACUGCCUUUGAAGAUCCGCGGUUCUCGGCUGUUCAGCUGUGGGACUUGCGCAGCUGCCAUACCCCUGUCUACACGCUGAUGAGCCAUCAGAAGGGCGUCCUUUCGUUGGCUUGGUGCCCAAAGGACUCUGAUUUGCUAAUGGUUUCGAGUAUCGACUGCAGGACUGUUGUGUGGAACCCUAACACGAGCCAGAGCUGGUCUGUUGUAGCGGAACUUUCGAACUACAAGAGUCCUGUUUACGACACCAAGUGGUGUUCCAAAGACCCCAAUUUGCUCUGCACGGCGGCCGCACAAUCUUUAACCAUCCACAAUGCCUUUGUGUCAAGAAGUAGCGACUCCAGAGACUCUCAGAGCUCCGUAUUCGACUCUGCGCCGGCCGAUCUCAGUAUUGCCAAGGAGCCCAGGUGGCUUGGCCGCCCGUGUGGAGGAAUUUUUGGCUUUGCGGGGCGUCUGGUGCGCUUCAGUAAAGGAUCAAACAAAGUUUUCAUAUCGAGUAUUGCUACCGAUAAGGGGUUAGUACGCCGCUCUGUGGAGCUGAAAGCUUCCUUAACCCAGAAUACCACCUCCGCCUACUGCGAGAAAAGAUCCUCCGAAACUACCAGUCCUGAAGAAAAGUCGAUAUGGCUACUAAUGAGAAAUAACUUUGAGGACAGCAAAAGGGGCGGUUUGAUGCAAUUAUGGGGGCCGCAGACAGCCCCUCAGAAGGAUGUCCACUCGUCGACCACGACCGCCACCUCGUCUCCCCGACCACAGUCAUAUACCGAAAUGGACCCCUCCGAAACAUUUUCCUUUGAAAAUCUCUCUCUUAUUGAAAACACUCACUCGGAUGAUGAGGCCACAACUGGCAAGGAAAACCGAGAAGAUGCGCCGGGCUCCUUUGCCUUGGACGGUAUGGGCUCUGAGCUAGAUAACGACAUUGCGCAGUCGGUUCUCUCGGGUAGGCUGCCGGACGCUGUGAAGCUCUGCCUCAACAAUGACAGACUGAGCGAUGCUUUGUUGGUUGCUACAUUUGGCUCUUCCCAGCUGCUAAAAAGCACGCAAAUGGAGUAUUUGCGGAAAUCCAACUCCAAACUCAACCAUCUACUUCGCAUCUUUGUGGACUCGGACUGGAAAAUGGUGGUCUCCUCGAUCGAGCUUUCGCAGUGGAAGGAAAUCUUCGCAUUCAUAUGCACAUAUCCAGACGAAACCGAGUUUACUUCUCUCUUUGACAUUCUGGGCGAUCGUUUUGAACACGCGCAAAACGCCGAAUACAGCUUCCAAGCGCUUCUCUGUUAUGUAUGUUCGAAGAACGUCUGCAAGUUUUCCGCGGCUUGGAACAAAGUAAGACCACUUAAUGGCGAAAGCCUUUACGAUUUUGUGGAACUCGCACUGAUGUUGUCCGAGUCAGCCGGCGAGCCGUACAUUUACGACACUUUCUUGUGUCAGAAGAUUCGGGAGUACUGCGAACUAGUCACCGCGCAGGGCUGUGUAGACACGGCUCAGUACUUUCUAGAGAAGCUCUCUUCUAAUGAUCUGCAUGUUGCCAUUUUGAGGGAUCGAGUGUACAAGUUGAGACCUGACGGGACACAGAGGGACUUUCCCUUUGAAGCAUUGGAGGUUCCCCUGCCUUCGGCUCCCCGCGAAAACGGAGACGCCGCGGACUCUGCCUCCUGGGACCCUGUUGAGCGGCAGGGUGGGGGUAAUGGCCCAACGAUGCCCUCGCUGGACACACGCGAGACCUUUCCACUGCAGCAGCCAUACCAUCACCAAUCCCGCUACCCGCCUUCUGGUCCUCAACACCCGUUAUAUGCUCAAUACCAACCACCAAUCCCCCACCAACCCUAUCAACAGCCGCCGCCCCAGCACCAUACGGCUUUUCCUCCCACAGACCCACCACAUCCGGAGGGGGCAGCUAAUUUUCUGGGGGCCUAUCCGCAAAGUGUAGCUCCUCUAGUAGCCCCGCCCGUAAGUGAACAGCCCGCUUACAUCCAGCCAAGAGUGGCUCCGCCCUCCUUUCCACCAAGUAAUAAGCCGUCCCUCUGGGAACCACCAAGACCAGUCACCCCAGCGAGCCUCAUAGGGGGACAGCAGAAUGCUCUUAGUUAUCUGCCCAAUCAGCAUCUUCCCCUGUCUUCCUACGGGACUUCUGUGCGCCCCCCGAAUCUGGCUAAUGAAAUGGCCGUUAGACCUCUGAAGAAGACUACCCCUACCGCCAACGCCAAUGUUUACGAGCACAUGGGCACCGGCCUUGCCCCGACCGUUGGCAUUCUGACGCCCAACCCACCAGGGUCAGCGCAACCUGUAUCUCAGCAGCGGUACUACUCGGCAGUCAAUGGAGUUUCCCAGCAGCAAAAUUUUGUUGACCCGAGUUUUCAGUUCAGUAGCCUCCCAUCGAAGGCCCAGAAUACCGUUCACUCUUUGCCAAGCAACAUGCCCGCUGCACCAGAGCCCCCUCAAGAGUCUUCUCUUAAUAAACCACCUAUUCCCGAAAAAUAUACAGCAAUUGUUUCUUCUUUAAACGAUGCCAUUACUCGCUGCUCAAAAGUUCAAAAUUCGAUCGUCAAAAAAAAACUUGACGAAGUCAGACGAAAGUUAGAAGACCUGUUCGACUCUCUCAGAGAAGAUAAUGUUCGACCUGAAGUGCUCCAGUCUCUGAACGAGUACUGCACUGCACUUAGCGAACGCAACUAUUUACUAUGCCACAAGGCCUACACGUUUAUGGCAACUACUCCAAACUCUUCCAGUAUAUCGCACUGGUUAACUUCCCUCCGAGCGUUGACCCAGUUGCUUGUAAGCAACCGUCUUUAAGAUGCUA